AUGCCCGAAUACGCCUCUAACCAGAAACCCGGCUUUGUCAAUGCCAUUGAAAAAAUUGCCAUCGUCGGCGCCGCCGGCACCAUUGGCGCGCACAUUACCGCUGCGCUCCUCCAAUCGGACCGCAAGCACACGAUCACCGCCCUCUCCCGCGUCGGCAGCACCAACACGCUUCCCGCCGGCGUCGCCGUCGCCCCCAUCUCUUACGACGACCCGGCCAGCCUCGUCGCCGCGCUGCAGGGCCAGCAGUUCCUCAUCAUCACGCUCGCGCCCAUGGCCCCGCCCUCGACGCACAGCCAGCUCGUCCAGGCCGCGGCCCGGGCCGGCGUCUCCUACAUCAUGCCCAACUCGUACGGCGGCGACGUCGCCGACACCCAGAUGGGCGAGGACGUCCUGCUCGGGCCCGCGGCCAAGGCGCAGCGCGCAGAGGUCGAGAGCCUCGGCAUGACGUGGGUCAACGUCUGCUGCGGCUUCUGGUACGACUACAGCCUCGGGGGCGGCGAGGCGCGCUUCGGGUUCGACUUUGACCGGCGCACGCUCACGCGCUACGACGACGGCGCGACCAGGAACUCGACGUCGACGCUCGCGCAGGUCGGGCGGGCCGUGGCCGCCGCGCUGGCGCUCCCACUCCUCCCCCGGGACGCGGCCGACGCCAGCCCAACGCUGUCUGCCUUUUUCAACGCCAGCAUCUACGUCAAGAGCUUCGUGGUGAGCCAAAACGACAUGCUGGCGAGCGUCCAGCGCGUGACGGGCACCACCGAUGCCGACUGGACAGUCACCCAGGAGAGCACCCGGCAGCGGUUCGAGACCGGCCGCGCGCUGGUCCGCCAGGGCAACAUGGCCGGUUUUGGCAAGAUGCUGUACGCGCGGGCUUUUUUCCCCGACGAUGCGCUCGACGUCUCGGCCAAGGCGCAGAAUGCGCUGCUCGGCCUGCCGCAGGAGGAACUGGACGAGGCGACCAAGGACGCGAUUGCGCUGGCCGAGGUGCUGAAGCAGCGGACGGAGCGCAUGGCCAGCUAG